AUGAAGCAUCAACCAAGGAAAAUUUAUGUUGGAGGAAUGGUGGACUAUUUUGAUUAUGUUGAAGCAAAAAACCUUAAUUUAGCAGAUUUGAAGCAGAUGGCUGUUAUGUGCGGCUAUAUGAAUGACUCGGAAAUAUUUUGGCAUAAAUUUGGAAAGUUCGGUGAUAGGUGGAGAUUAGUGUCUACUGAAGUAGAAGCUCUCUCAAUUAAAAAAUUUAUCCCGAAUGAUAGAGUAGUUGAGUUGUAUUUUGAACAUUUGGACUCCUACAUUGAAGUAGAUUCAGGUGAGAUUCUAGGCCACACAAAUUGUACAUUAAAUCAAGAGCAUAUAGAAUGUGGUGACACAUACAAUUCUGAUGAGUUUGAAGAUUCAGAAAAUGAAUUAUCCGGUGACGAUGUCAUCCUUGAAAGACAUGGACAAAAAAAGCAAAGCUUUGAGGAUGGAAGGAAACUUAUUAAUGACGAAGUUCUGAGGAAAUUGUCUAAUGAAGAUGGAGAUUCAGAUUGUGUGGACUCUGAAGAUCAGAAGAGUUUGAAUGGUGAUUCUGAUAAUGAGUGCUUUCAUUUUCCAAAGCAUAACCCAAAAACUGAAGCAAAACAUCCUAUAUUAGCAUUAGAAUAUACAUUUGGAAGCAGGGAGGAGUUCAAAAAUGCGGUAUCAAUUCAUGAGGUAAAAGCUGGGAAGAGUAUUAGGUGGAUAAAAAAUGAUGGAAAAAGAGCAAAAGCGAAGUGUAGAAAUUCAGAUUGUAAAUGGGUAAUUAUGGCAUCGGUAAUGCAUCGAGACAAGGCAUUUCAGAUUAAAACUUAUGAUUCCAAGCAUACCUGCAAACGUUGGAACCAUCGUAACAAGACAAUAACCUCUUCUUUCAUUGCAAGAAUGUAUCUUGAUGCUAUCAGUCAAAACAGAGAGUGGAAGUUGUCUGACUUUAGAGACACGGUCAGUGUGGGACUUAAAGCUCAUGUUACUUUAGCUCAAGCUAGAAAGGCUAAAAAGAAGGCACUUGCAUUAAUUGAUGGAGAUGUGAAAGAACAAUUUUCCAUCCUUUGGGACUACUGCCUUGAAAUUGGAAGAUCAAAUCCUGGAACUUCAAUGUAUAUGAAGCUAACUCAAAACGAAAUGCCGAACAAACCAUAUAGAUUUCAAAGAAUCUAUGUUUGUUUUGUUGCUUGUAAGGAGGGGUUUAAGGCUGGAUGUAGAAAAAUAUUGGGUGUGGAUGGGUGUUGGUUGAAGGGUCAAAUGUAUGGAUAUCAGUUGUUGACUGCAGUUGGCUUGGAUGCCAAUAAUAAUAUUUUUCCAGUGGCCUAUGCAGUUGUAGAAAAGGAAACUAGGGAGACAUGGUCAUGGUUUUUGACCUGCUUAAUUGAUGAUUUGGAGAUUAAUGAUCAAGUUGAUUGGACCUUUAUGUCGGACAAACAAAAAGGUCUCAUUGAAGCGUUUAAUGAAGUUUUGCCAUCCGUGAGUCAUAGAUUUUGCGUGAGACAUCUUCAUAAUAAUUUUAAGAGGGCUGGUUUUAGUGGUUCCUCGCUAAAAUGUGCGCUUUGGGCUGCUGCAAGUGCUACAACUGUGGAAUUUUUUAAUGCUCGCAUCAAUGACAUUGUUAAAUUGGAUGCCGAAGCUGCUAUAUGGUUGAAAGAAAAGGAACCUAUUGAAUGGUCUAAAUCACAUUUUUCUCCCAUUGCUAAGUGUGAUAUUUUGUUGAAUAAUAUGUGUGAAUCGUUUAAUAGUAUGAUACUUGAUGCUCGAGAUAAGCCAAUCAUCACUUUGUUGGAAAAAUUAAGAUAUCUUCUUAUGGCUAGAUUACAAGCUAAUAGGGAUAAAGCUGAUAAAUGGAAUUCUGAUGAUAUUUGCCCUCGGAUUAAGAGUAUUCUGCACAAAAAUGAAAAAGAUGCUGCUGGUUUUAUUCCUAAAAAGUCGAAUGAAUGGAACUUUGAAAUUCUUGGCGGAAGUGUGAGCGACAUUUGGGCUGUGGACCUUGCUGGCAGAAAAUGUAGCUGUAGAAAAUGGACCAUUACAGGAAUCCCUUGCAAGCAUGCUAUUUCGGCAAUUUGGCAUAAAAAUGACGAGGUUAUUAAUUAUGUGGAUGACUGCUAUAAUGUGGAAAUGUAUAAGCGAAUCUAUGAACCAGCUAUUCUUCCAAUAAAUGGUUCACAGUUGUGGCCUAAAUCAGGCAAGAUCCCUCCUUUGCCUCCAAUCUUUUCAAGACAAAAUAAGUCUGGGAGAAAGCAAAAGUUGAGAAGGAAAGAACAAGAUGAAGUAGGAUCAAGUAGAACUAAGAUGAAGAAGAAGCAAACAUCAGUUAACUGUAGUCGAUGUCACAAGUCUGGCCAUAAUACGAGAACUUGCAAGUUUAACUAUGUACAGCCAGAAGGAGGAGUUUUUGAGUCAGCUUGUAGGAUGCCUUCUACUUCAUUUGUACCUGAAAAGUUGCCGGUAAAUAUUUUUAUACCUAAGUAA